CUCACGACUCUCGACAGACCUGUUGUUGGCGUAAUAUCGGCCGUCAUAGUAAGGCGCAGGUGAUGCGAAUGUCGAGCGAUUAAGGCAGGAGUCACAUCAGGUGGAACACAAUGGGACGAAAGGUGUCGUACACGGUUUCUAGCGGCGUAAUAAAUCAUGCCUUCGUCGUGGACGAGAGUACAAACUCCCAUAAUGCCGGCGUUAAUGAGCCCGUCGCUCAAGAAACUAAAACGCCGAAACGACAGCAAUGGGGCAACGACAGGGAGUUCCUGCUGUCCUGCAUCGCCAUGUCCGUCGGCCUCGGCAAUGUCUGGCGGUUCCCGUUCACCGCGUACGAGAACGGCGGGGGCGCGUUCCUGAUACCGUACAUCAUUAUCCUUUUCAUCGUAGGGAAGCCGUUUUAUCUGCUGGAGAUGAUCCUGGGCCAAUUCUCCAGUCGCUCGGCCGUGAAGAUCUGGGAUCUCGCGCCGGCGUUCAGAGGCGUCGGAGUCGCACAGUUUAUCAUGCUGUUAGGGCUCGCGUCCUAUUAUUGCUCGCUGAUGGCCUUGACGCUGUUCUACCUCGUCGCCAGCUUCCAAGAGGAACUGCCAUGGAGUAGAUGUCGACCAGAAUGGGGCGAGUUUUGCGUUGACUCACUCCCGGGGAAUAACAGUGUGCUCAUAGCAGAGAACGUCAGCUACUCAAGCUCGGCCGAGCUAUACUUCUACAAGGAAGUUCUGCGAGAGAAGGACAACAUCGACGAUGGCAUCGGCGCGCCGGAUUGGCGUCUGACGAUCGCGCUCUUCGUCAGCUGGCUCACGGUCUUCAUCGUGGUGAUACGCGGUGUGCAGAGUUCCGGCAAGGCGGCCUAUUUCCUGGCGAUAUUCCCCUACGUGGUCCUGAUCGUGCUUCUUGUGAGGGCCGUCACGUUGGAGGGAUCAGCCGCAGGUAUCCUAUACUUCAUCACUCCAACCUGGGAGGAACUGUUGACGUCAAGCGUCUGGUAUAACGCGGUGGCCCAGUGCUUCUUCUCGUUGACCGUCUGCUUCGGCGCGGUCGUCAUGUUCGCCUCGCACAAUAAGUUCAACCACGAUAUCUAUCGAGACGCGAUGAUCGUGACGACGAUGGACACCUUCACCAGCCUGCUGGCGGGCUGUACGAUCUUCGCUAUCCUGGGUAACCUCAGCCACGAGUUAGGCAACGAUGACAUCGGCGCGGUCGUGCGUGGCGGCACCGGGUUGGCGUUCAUCUCGUACCCGGAGACGAUCGCCAAGUUCACCGUCGCGCCGCAGUUCUUCAGCGUCGUGUUCUUCGUGAUGAUUUUCGUCCUGGGGAUCGGCAGCGAGGUCGGUCUCACCUCCGCCAUCAUCGCUAUCGUGCGUGACCAAUUCCCAGGCCUGAAGUAUUGGCACGUAGCCGUUGCCACCUGCCUCUGCGAAUUUCUUAUCGGUCUCAUAUACGUCACACCGGGCGGUCAGUUUAUGGUGACCUUCGUCGAUUAUUACGUGACCUCGUUCAUCGCCUUCGUGCCGGCAGCUUUCGAGAUGAUCGCCGUCGCGUGGUCGUAUGGUCUGGACAAUUUCUUAAACGACAUCGAAUUCAUGUUGGAAAGACGGCUGUCGGUGUUCUGGCGGCUCUGUUGGAGCAUCGUCACUCCAGGCAUUAUUCUUAUCAUCUUUCUAUAUACAAUCAUCGAUCUCGAGCCGUUGAAGUAUAACAAAACAUUCUAUCCUGUAUCGGCUUACGUCAUAGGUUGGAUUCUGUUCUCCAUCGCUGUUCUACAGAUACCUUUGUGGCUGGUGAUCGCGAUACUCAAGAAAAGACGCCUCUCUUUCCGAGAAAUGAUCAAGCGAGCCUUGCAGCCACUUAAAUCGUGGGGCCCGAGCGACGCGGAGGAUCGCAGGAAAUGGCUGAUGUUCCGAGAUCACCGCGAUGCGGAGCAGCGAAAUAAUAACAACAAUGCAGGUCACAAUUCCUUUAGAGGUCUAUUGCGAGUGAUUCUGAAAGGCUAAUAGUUUCAAUGACGACAUUGCCAAUGAGCGAAUUGAUCACGUUCGCUGUCGCAUAAUCUGUGAUUUAAUAUUACAAUUUUUAAAAGUAAUUACGCAUAAUUACGACGCGCCUGUGUGAAACAGGUGACUCCACGCUUACUUGUUUCACGUAUAAUGCGAAUCCAGUUGUCCUUGGCACGUAACUGUUAGUUCUGUUGACGGCACACGAUGUCGUGUGAAUCUAACCAUAUCACCUAACAAUUGUAUAGAGCGAUACACAGCACAUCGCACGCAAUAGAUCGUCGUGCGACGCUGUCACUUAUCAAACGUGCUGAGGCGCGACAAAAAAUCGUAAUAGAACAAUUUUGUCGAUGUACAGCUGCUUAUGUCGGCCCCAGCGGUGAUUUCAGCUAAUAAUAAAGCUCUCAAAUUCCAAAUAUCCGUAGGAAAAAGUUUCUCGUCGAAUAAGUACGCGCAGGUAAAUGAGAAGAGAAGAGACGACUAAUCAUCGCGGAAUUGUGACGUGAAUGCAAAUUUUGAAUGCGAACGAAAAAUUAAAAUGCGUACGUAGAUGCAUGGAAAAGAACAUGUCAGUUCGUGAACUGAAUGUAGACCGCACGAAACUUCGCUGACGUAAACAGAUAUUUUCGUCAUUACGACCAGAAAUAUUUGUCCGAACAUUCGGUUGCAUUAAAACUCGA